UCAAAGGGUAAAGUCCUGCAGGCAGCAGCCGAUUUAAGCCUCAUGUUCUCUGAGUAUUUUCCAUGUUAGGGUUGUUUUUGUUUUAGCGCGGGAAGAUACAUUCUAAUUUAUGUAAUUUAGUUAUUUUACCCCUGGAUCUUGUUUUUAUUAACGACAAAAAAGCCGAAGUUGUUGCCUGGUUUCUGAGAUAAUAACAUUAUUAUUUACCAUCGAUUACAUCUUGAAAGGUGUUUCUGGAGUUAAAGGUAUGGACACACAUGCAGUCCAGCAGAGAGGGAUCUUGUCUGCAGUGGGCAGCUAGCAAUGCCUAGCUAGGUGUCUUAUCCUGGUGGGCUCUUCUCUUCUACUUAAACCUUGGUCAUAACUUCCAGGAAUUUCCAGGACUUUUAAGUCCCCCUUGGCCCUCUCUGGACAGGGCCAUCCUGUGGGGCAACAUGGGGGAAAGACGGGCACACUCCUUUCACAUGACGUGCCACGUGCAGCGCGACCAUGGCAGCAGGAUGGGGAGCUCCUUCAUACGUUACAGCCCCAAUGGAUAUGCCAGCACAAGCCUCAGCCUGGACAAGGAGAUGGAUGCAGACCCUGUGGCCUCCACCGGCACUACAAGUGCUGGUUCUGCCCUAUGGGCUCCUGCAUCUGACAUAAGCGACUACUCUCCUGUUUCAAUGGAACUGGACCCCACAUCGGUGAAUAAUGGAUCAGACACAAAGGACCCCGUGCUGCAGACCCUACAAAGGCAGCCCUCUAUUAUCUCUGUCCCUCCACCUCUCCCUCGUUCGAGCUGGCUACAUCAUCAAAAGGAUUUCCAAAGCCCUUACAUCAAGACUAGCAUGCAGGGGGAUGUUUACAACUUCCUAGAGAGACCUGCAGGACUGAAAUGCUUCCUCUACCACUUCCUUGUCUUCCUCAUGGUCCUGGUGUGCCUAAUCUUCAGUGUCCUGUCCACUAUAGAGCAAUAUGCAGACUUUGCCACCGGAACCCUCUUCUGGAUGGAGAUUGUGCUGGUGCUGUUCUUUGGCACAGAGUAUGUGGUCCGCCUGUGGUCGGCAGGCUGUCGCAGCAAAUAUGCAGGCAUCAAAGGACGCCUCCGCUUUAUCAGGAAGCCCAUAUCAAUUAUAGAUUUGAUAGUGGUCAUUGCCUCAAUCAUUGUGCUUGGAGUAGGGUCCAAUGGCCAAGUGUUUGCCACAUCUGCUAUCAGGGGCAUCCGUUUCCUUCAGAUCCUGCGCAUGCUCCAUGUGGAUCGACAAGGAGGAACAUGGAGGCUCCUGGGAUCUGUAGUUUUUAUACAUCGACAGGAGCUGAUCACCACCCUGUACAUCGGCUUCCUGGGCCUGAUCUUUUCCUCCUACUUUGUCUACUUGGCAGAGAAGGAUGCUGUGGAUGAGGAGGGCAAGACAGGCUUCUCCAGCUAUGCCGAUGCCCUAUGGUGGGGGGUGGUGACCGUCACCACAAUCGGCUAUGGAGACAAAAUUCCUCAAACGUGGAUAGGCAAGGCCAUCGCCUCCUGCUUCAGUGUCUUCGCCAUCUCAUUCUUUGCUCUGCCUGCUGGUAUCCUGGGGUCAGGGUUUGCCCUGAAAGUCCAGCAGAAGCAGAGACAGAAGCACUUCAACAGACAGAUCCCUGCUGCAGCCUGCCUCAUCCAGACACUUUGGAGGUGCUAUGCAGCAGAGAAACCAUGCGGCUGUGCUGCUACAUGGAAAAUGUAUGUUCUCACUCCAGAGGCUGUAACUACAGUGGAAUCGGACAACUCCGGCCCUUACGCCAGGAAACUGAACAUAUCGAAAAAGGCGACCAAGAGACGUUUGAAGUCCAGAGGUAAUGGCUCUAUGGUUGUGGCCUCAGAGAGGGCUGUGUCGAUCCCGCAGAUCAUCAUUGAUGACUCAGUGGAGAAGAAAGAUGUCUCAUUUUUCCUGGAAGAGCCAAGGGAGGCUGUUGAAGGAAUCAACAGAAUGUUCAGACAAAAAGGCCCUCCUCACCAUUCUUGGUCGUCUUUCACUCUGAGCUGCCCUGGCUCUCCAGUAAAGAGGAAUCAUGAUAACAACAGCUCUAUCGACAUCUCCCGUGCCAACAGCUUAACCGAUGAACUUGACUACAUGAGUGAGGACAUUCCCCUGCCUGUGGUGACUAACAAAGCUCAGUUGUCCCAUGCCCAGAGGUCAGCUGUAAAAGUCCUCCGCAGAAUGCAGUACUUUGUUGCCAGGAGGAAAUUUCAGCAAGCUCGGAAGCCCUAUGAUGUGCGAGACGUGAUCGAGCAGUAUUCCCAGGGUCACCUCAACAUGAUGGUCCGCAUCAAGGAGCUGCAGAGAAGGCUGGAUGGCACACUGGGGAAGCCAGGAAUGUUCCUUCCAGGAAAAGGGGAAGAUAAAGAAUACCCAACUAUUGGAGCACGACUGAUCAGGCUAGAAGAUAAGGUCCAUCAGAUGGAUCAGAAAAUGGACUCAGUCCUGCGGAUACUGAUGGAGCAGUUUCCACCUAAGCCGGAGCUGACGUCCAAGCCCUCCAUUCGCAGGGUGACCAUCCAGAAGCGCAUGGGUGUCAGCAUUGACGAGGGGCCCUGAUGUUGUAGCAAUGGUUGGACUGAUGUUAUGACCAAAGGAGGAUUAAAGGACCAGGACUUCACAUAAACUGUUUAAUAUAAGAGGACUCAGUCUUCCAAAAACCCCUCCUCUCUGUCAUCUGCAAUCCCAAUUUUUCUCAUUGACUUAUGACCACUGAGAAGAGAACAAUUUUUAAUUGUUCACAUAGCACAUACUCUGGGACAUGAGGGCCACUGAGAGCCACCGCUUCCUCCUAAUGACUGUAGGCCCUGUUGGGGUCUUCUUAUGUUGUCUAAAUGUAGCUUGCUCUUCUGCACUACCAUUGUGGGACCUCAGUCUUCCCCUGCAGCACAAAUUCAAAUGAUUCUUAUUAAUUUAUGUGUGGCCUGUCACUGAGGUGCAUUCCUCUACUCCAAAUAUUAUUCCAAGGCUAACUAACCCAGUAAUGAAGUCGUAAUGCAAUCAAAGCACUCAAGUUCCCCAAAGACACAGAGAAAAACUGAGAGUACAGCCAUGGCAGAGGCAUUCCUCAAAUCCUUCUGAUUAUCUUGGCACCAUCCAGACCUAGUACACAACAGGGUUAUUUCCAUAGCCACAUAUCCAUCUUGCCUAACUGUACUUAGGCUGCUGCGGGUGUUUGUUAGUAGUGAUCGAAUAACACGAGAAGGGAAGGGUAGAUUAUCUGUUGAGUUUGCCCUGCUUUAGGGACCGGAAGGCUGGAGUAAAAGAAAUGGAACUGAAGAAAUAUAUCUGGGUUGGGUGGCUAACAUGAUACUGAUUUACUGCUAUGUUGAAGCUAAUAAAAAUAGCCAAACUGCCAUGACAGAGCUGAGUGCUGUGUAACAGGAAUACAGUCCGACCUCAGGCAUAGUCUUUCAGUUUGCUCCAAGUUUUUAUAUGUAUAUCAAUCUAAAACACUUAUAGCAGCACCACUACUCACACCACCAUCAGGACUCUGCUUAAUAUCCCCUAUUACCCUCUUCAGGGGGCUCACACUGCUGUGUGCAAUUUGAAAUAAAUUUGCCCCAUUAAAGCUCUGAUUAUUAUUUCUCUCCCGAGCUAAUUAAGUGCUGAAUUCCUGGUAAGGGGAGAUUACUCACUGUGAGUGACUAAUGAAAAGAAACACUGGAAAUGUGCAGAAUUUAAACAGUAAGCUUUGAGGAGCAGGCACACUAAUUCUGUGUGAAAGGUUUGGAAAUAUCAGGCUGCCACUGUGAGCACACGUUUAACAUAAAAAGACAAUGCUCUCACUUUGUUCCCAUACUCAUAGUAUUUACCUGACAGGACGCUGAGGCAUGUAGGAAGUAGAAAAUAGAAAACUCAGCUAUGUAGGUACUUUCUGAAAUGAUUCAUUUAACUAUAACACAUACAUUCUUAAAAAGACAAAUGCAUACACAAAAGAGGGUAAAAAGAAGGGAAGGGGAAAGAGGAGAGGCUUUCUCUUUCAUAUUUUUGUGGUGGUUAAAAAAUAGCUAUUAUUUAUCUUACAUUAAAUAAAGUGGUUUUAUUUUAUAGGUACUCUACUUUGGUGACAGACCUUGAUACAUAUCUGCCUGUCUGUUCUCCUGUACAGUUUUAUAAGAGUUGUAAAUAGAAUCAUUGCCUUAUUGUACUGUAUUUAUUAUCAUGUGGAAAGAUCAACCUGGAACAUGUCUGCUUGUUGAAGUGAUGAGAAACACAGAGGGUGAGGCUCCUGUUGUACAGAUGGAUGGAAAUGAUUGUAAAUGAUAUUCACACACACCCUCUGCACUGUAGCUCUGCUGUAAAUAAUAAAACUCCAUUUCAUUAUGCUCUGGCCUCUCUUGGCUUGGGAGGAAUUUGAUUACCA